AUGGCUACUCCACCUGCCUCGCCUCCUCCUCCUCUUCCUCUUCCUCCUCCUCCUGCAGACGCAUCAGUGUCUCUAUUUACGUUGAAGCGGACACGCAAGGCGACACAGCUACGAUCAUUGGCCACUAGACCACCUGGGGCAAAAAGACCUAUGGUCAACGUCGAUCCUGCUACCGGCAAGGCCGACGGUCCCCACAAGAAGAAAUUCAGAACAUAUUUGGGGAUUGUCGCUCGUGAUAAGGUCGACGUGACAUAUGACACCUGGAAGGAAGUCCCUACUGGUCAGAAGGAUUUGAUAUGGGAGGAUAUUCAGGCAGAAUUUGAAAUCCCUGAAGCUUCUGACAUUAGGACAAAGAAGAAAAUUCUUCAGACUGUCGGCGAGCACUAGAGGCAGUUUAAAUCUGACUUGACUUGAAAAUAGGCACUUGCAGCCGACAAGGACGGUGUGGACGACAUUGUCUGUGAAAAAUAUGGCAUUAGCAAGGAGAAAUGGGCCCAGUUUUGUCAGACCCACAAAGAUUCCUCA